AUGGCGGCUUCCGCGAUGCUCAAAGCCCGCUGUCGACAUCCCGCGUAUCUCUCGAAACUAGCAAAGGCGGAGGAUUUGAUUGAACACUUUCCACAUGGAAGCUACAUUGGAUGGAGUGGGUUUACGGGCGUGGGAUACCCGAAGAUGGUCCCUACCGCAUUGGCGGAUCAUGUCGAGAAGAACAACUUGCAGGGAAAGUUAAAGUACAACUUGUUCGUGGGUGCUUCGAGUGGAGCGGAGACGGAGAAUCGUUGGGCGCGGAACAACAUGAUCGAAAGACGAGCACCUCACCAAGUCGGCAAGGAGAUUGCCAAAGGCAUCAACAAUGGCAACAUCAACUUCUUCGAUAAACACUUGUCCAUGUUUCCAGUGGAUCUCAUGUACGGCUUCUACACCAAACACAAGGCCAACAACAGUCUGGACGUUGCGAUUGUGGAGGCAUCUGCAAUCACAGAAGACGGCGGCAUCAUUCCGGGUGCGAGUGUCGGAGCGUCACCAGAAAUCAUUCAGAUGGCCGACAAGAUCAUCAUUGAGCUGAAUACCGCAUCGCCUUCUUUCGAAGGCCUUCAUGAUAUCACUUAUACAGAUCUUCCCCCUCUCCGCAAGCCAUAUAUGAUUACUGCUCCUGAAGAUCGCAUUGGCACCCCUCACAUCGCUGUCGAUCCGGAGAAAGUGAUUGCAAUCGUGGAAUCCACCUACCCAGACCAAACUACACCCAACACUCCAGAAGACGAGAACAGCAAAGCAAUUGCCCGAAACCUGAUCGAGUUUCUCAAACACGAAGUUCAACACGGCCGUCUCCCAGAGAACCUCCUCCCUCUUCAAUCAGGAAUCGGAAAUAUCGCCAACGCCGUUGUGGGAGGUCUCUCUGGCGGUGAAGCCAACUUCAAGAACCUCAAAGUCUGGACCGAAGUCCUCCAAGACACCUUCCUUGACCUCUUCGACUCCGGCAACCUCGACUUUGCAACCGCCACCUCCAUCCGCUUCAGUCCUGAGGGUUUCGCACGCUUCUAUGAACGGUGGGAAGAAUAUACCCCCAAACUCCUCCUCCGCUCCCAGGCCGUCAGCAACUCUCCUGAGAUCAUUCGAAGAUUGGGAGUCAUCGCCAUGAACACUCCAGUCGAAGUCGACAUCUACGCACACGCCAACAGUACUUGUGUAAUGGGAUCCCGCAUGCUGAACGGUCUAGGCGGAUCCGCAGACUUUCUUCGAAGUGCAAAGUACAGCAUCAUGCACACACCUUCUACCCGCCCGACGAAAUCAGACCCUACAGGAGUGAGUUGCAUCGUACCAAUGUGCACGCAUGUAGAUCAGACGGAACACGACUUGGAUGUUGUGGUGACGGAGCAAGGUUUUGCGGAUGUGCGAGGUAUGGCUCCGAGAGAGAGGGCGAGGGAGAUUAUCAAGAAAUGCGCACAUCCAGAUUACGUCCCCAUCCUGCAAGAUUACUUUGACAAGGCCGAGUUUGAGUGUUUGAGAAAGGGCUGGGGUCACCAGCCUCAGAAUUUAUGGCACGCAUUUGAUAUGCACAAGCACUUGAAUGAAAUGGGUACGAUGAAAUUGCCCAAAUGGCAGUUUUGA